AGGGUCCGGGAUGCCCGAGAACCGCUCCUUCGCCAACUGCUGCGAGGCGGGCGGCCGAGCCGAGAGCCCAGGCUGGACUGGGGCGGGCGGCGCGCGGCCCUCCGGGACCCCCCGGCCUCCCUGGGUGGCGCCCGCGCUGUCCGCCGUGCUCAUCGUCACCACCGCGGUGGACAUCGUGGGCAACCUCCUGGUCAUCCUCUCGGUGCUCGGGAACCGCAAGCUCCGGAACGCAGGUAAUUUGUUCUUGGUGAGUCUGGCAUUGGCUGACCUGGCGGUGGCCUUGUACCCCUACCCGCUAAUCCUCGUCGCCAUCUUCCACAACGGCUGGGCCCUGGGGGAGGCGCACUGCAAGGCCAGCGCCUUCGUGAUGGGUCUGAGCGUCAUCGGCUCUGUCUUCAACAUCACCGCCAUCGCCAUUAACCGCUACUGCUACGUCUGCCGCAGCGUGACCUACCACCGCAUCUACCGCCACUGGCACACCGCCCUGUACAUCUGCCUUGUCUGGCUGCUCACCCUGCUGGCCGUGGUACCCAACUUCUUCUUGGGGUCCCUGGAGUAUGACCCUCGCAUCUACUCUUGCACCUUCAUCCAGACGGCCAGCGCCGGGUACACGGUGGCCGUGGUGGUGGUCCACUUCCUCCUCCCCAUGGCUAUCGUGUGCUCCUGUUACCUGCGCAUCUGGGUGCUGGUGCUCCGGGCCCGCAGGAAGGUCAAGGCGGAGAGCAAGCCGUGCCUGUGGUCCAGGAACGUCCGGAGCUUCCUGACCAUGUUCGUGGUGUUUGUGAUCUUCGCCAUCUGCUGGGCGCCCCUGAACUGCAUUGGCCUCGCUGUGGCCAUCGACCCAGAAGAAGUGGCUCCCCGGGUCCCAGAGGGGCUCUUUGUCACGAGCUACUUCCUGGCUUAUUUCAACAGCUGUCUUAAUGCCAUCAUCUACGGGCUUCUGAACCAGAACUUCCGCAGGGAAUACAAGAAGAUCGUCUCUGCCCUCUGGAACCCACGGCGCUGCCAGCAGGACUCUUCCAAGGGCAGCCAGGCGGAGGGGCCAGAGACCCAAGCUCCCCGCCGUGGUUAACACCCAGCCCUCUGUCCAGGCACGUGCUCUUUUGCCCGAUCCCUGGCCGGGUGACAAACUCACGAAAUGAUGGGAUUGAAUCU